UGAAGUGAUGCAUGCAAUUCUCACAAACAUCAAUGCCUUUCAGAUUCUGUCUAACAUGGGAGGCCUAAAUAUGUCUCUAUGUGUUUAAGAAAGUGCAUCACUAAUUACCAGAGAUUAGCCGGAGCAAUAAUGGGUAAUUUCGCAACUUGUAAUCAUGGUUCUAGAAAUCGAGAAUCAGAACUAAUCGGUUGACGUACCGACUCUAGAUUUUUGUAGGAGAUUUAUUGAAGAAUUUUUUAGAUAAAUCGGACAUUUUUAUCAAAUCGGAGGUGAUCAAUAAAUUAAUAUCUUUUUUUAAAGAAACUAAUUAAACUUUUUAUAAUAAUCCAGAAUUUUCGGAACACUGCUCAAAAUUCUAGACGAAAACCACACAAGUAGAUGAGGGAGGUAUGACAUUUACCGGGGUGUAUUGGAUUGAGAUUUUAAAAAGAAUUUGAACAGGAAUGAUCAGCGAAUGAAUUACAAAACAUGAAGCGGGAAAUAACAAAACUAGUAGCGGACGGCCUAUACGAACAAGCUCUCUCUCUUUAUUCCCGUUUUCACGCCCGCUCAUUCCGCGCCGGAAAAUUCACAUUUCCGGCCCUCCUCAAAGCUUGUGCCAAGCUUAACUUACCUUCCCAGGGCCAAAUACUCCAUGCCCAUCUCCUCAAAACUGGGUUUCAUGAUCACGUACACACUGCAACUGCUCUGGUAGACAUGUACGCAAAGCUUCAUUUUUUAGAAAAUGCAGUCCAACUGUUUGAUGAAAUUCCUGAACCAAAUAUCGCUUUAGUUAAUGUUAUGGUUUCUGGGUUUUCGUUGAAUGGGCGUUAUGAGGAGGCUUUUAGGGUUUUUAGGGAAGUUGGUGUGGGGAGGUUGAGGCCUGAUUCUGUUAGUAUUGCUAGUUUGUUGUCGGUGUGUCGAGAUGUUAGGGAAGGCUGUCAAGUGCAUUGUUGGGGGGCUAAGAUUGGGGUUGAGGUUGAUGUUUAUGUAGGAACUUCACUUGUGACAAUGUACUCGAAAUGUAAGGAGUUGGUCAUGGCGUCGAAGGCGUUUGAGCAGAUUGGAGAUAAGAGUUUGGUCUGCUAUAAUGCACUUGUUUCAGGGUUGGUGUUAAAUGGGGUUCCUUUGUUGGUCUUGGAUGUGUUUAGGGAAAUUAUACGGUCAGUUGUGGAACCUAAUUUUGUGACACUUGUUUCGGUUCUUUCUGCCUGUUCGGAUAGUAGGUAUGUUCAUUUUGGUAGGCAGGUUCAUGGGUUUAUUGUCAAAAUUGGAAUGAACUUCGAUACAAUGGUUGGAACUGCACUUCUUGAUAUGUAUUCUAAAUGCGGUUGUUUGCAUGCAGCUUAUGAUUUAUUUAAAGAGUUGAAGGGAAGAAGGAGCUUAGUAACGUGGAAUGCAAUAAUCGCAGGGAUGAUGUUGAAUGGUGAUACUGAGAUUGCUAUUGAACUUUUUACGCAAAUGAUUUAUGAGGGAUUAAAACCGGAUUCAGCAACAUGGAAUUCGAUGAUUUGUGGCUUUUCACAACUAGGAAAAGAGACGGAAGCUUUUAUUCUCUUCAGGAAAAUGCAAUCAGCUGGCGUUGCGCCAAAUCUUAAAACUGUUACCAGCUUGUUAUCUGCUUGUUCUGGUGUGCUUGCGCUGCGUUGUGGAAAAGAGAUUCAUGGACAUGGUAUUAGAACUGAUAUAAGUGAUGAUGAAUUUUUUGCCACAACUCUUAUUGAUAUGUACAUAAAAAAUGGGCAAUCUUGUAAUGCGAGACGAAUAUUUGAUAAGUUUGAGCUAGAGCCUAAGGAUCCAGCAAUAUGGAAUGCAAUGAUUUCUGGAUAUGGAAGAAAUGGAGAGCAUGAAGCUGCUUUCCACAUAUUCGGACAGAUGCUGGACAAGAAUGUCAAACCAAAUUCGGCAACUUUUAAUUGCAUACUAUCUGUUUGCAGUCACUCUGGUCAAGUUGACAAAGGUCGCGAAAUGUUUAGGUUGAUGCAACUGGUCUAUGGCUUGAAACCUACUACAGAGAACCUUAGUUGCAUGGUAGACCUUCUAGGUCGAUCUGGUCAUCUCGAUGAAGCUUGGAAACUAUUGCAAGACAUACCUGAACCUUCAAAGUCUAUGUUCUCUUCUCUACUUGGAGCGUCAAAGUAUCAUUUAGAACCCAAGCUUGGAGAAGACAUGGCCAAGAGACUGUUAGUUUUAGAACCUGACAACCCAACUCCAUACGUUAUUUUGUCAAAUAUAUAUGCUGGGCUGGGACGGUGGCAAGAUGCAAAGAGGGUAAGACAGAUAAUAGAUCAAAAGAAAUUGAAAAAGUUUCCUGCAUAUAGUUCGGUUGGUUUGACAUGAUAUGACUCCUCCGGUACACUAUCAGAAGUUGAAGUAAAACUAAUAUACAUAUGUUGUUACUCCAAGGACAGUCAGUUACUUUGUCUUGAAUGCAUCAAUCUUGACUUCGUAACUUGUUAAUCCCAAAUAGUUUUCAAAGUAGUUGGGUGGUUCAAAGAUGAAGCAUGAUAUGAUGUCCCUGAGUGUAAUCACGCCAACAACUUCUUUGCCGUUGGCACCAACAACAUAAACUCUAUGAACCAUCUUUGAAGCAAGUAUGUGUAUCACACUUCCAAGAUUUGAGGAGAGACUACACGUUGCAGGUAUGGUGCCUUUCCCGAGAUCACGGGCCUCUGAAGCAAUGGUGUUCAUGAAAUCCUUCACAGUCAGUUCCCUGCAAGCAUUAUAUACAGAUGAUGACAGCUGCAUAAAAUAUUAUGCUAUAUGAAUAUCAUACACGUAUACGCAUGUCUAAGGAUGUUCUUGGUCUGCUGGAUGGAUGAAUUCAAGUAACACAGUUGAGAGCUUUAAUCUAAACUUACCUAAAUUUUGCGAAAAGCUCACGGUUGAGCAACAGGAAUCGGAUAUCUUUUAUGCUUAGGCUGCCUAUAAUAUUCUUCUCCGGUCCUUCUAUGACUGGAAGACCUCCAAUUUGAUUAUCUUUCAUUAGCUUAAAUGCUUCCAAUACCAAUUCACUACUUUUGAUGCUGA